UCAGUGGGAUAUAAAAAGCUUUGAGUAGGAGAGGAAAGAUUGAAAGACAAGAGCACAAUGGCUGGAGGAUCUCACCUCAUUUGGAUUUGCUCCCUUCUCUUCUGUGUCUUUGAAGCUUCUGACACCAGACAUAUCCCGGAUGAUGCAGCGGAAAGCACUUAUCGUUCAAGAAUUACAGAUCUGGACCGCAUCCUUUCAAAGAUAACCCUACCAGACGGAAUCGAUCCCAAAAAUGUAAAUGUAACGUUCAUCAAUGCCAAAUCCUGUACUGGUCUGAAGGAACAGCUGGAACUGCGUAACAUUCAGCUUCAGCAGGCAACUCAACGCAACAGCCAGCUGGAUAAUGAAGCCUUCGGCUUGAGGAGAGAGGUCAGACACCUCAACCUGCAACUUGCCACAUGCAGUUCGACAGCCUCCGCUAUUACUGGCUCAUAUCAAGCCCAGUUAAUCAACAAACUGAAUCAACUCUUGCAGACAUAUGAUAGUGAUCCAUUUCAGAUCCUGAAAAUCUAUAGCCUCACCAGAGAAAUAAACAUAUUAGAUAAGAAGAUCAAGCAUGCUGCUAAUUCUACUGACGGCUCUGACAUCACAGCCUUGCUGAGAAAGCAACAAGAGAAGAAGACUGAACGGGAAACAAAGAUGCAACAGUUAAGGAAAAGCAACCCAAGCUCAGCGCUGAUUCUUCAGAUCAUCGUCCUGCAGAGUCAGAUCUGGGAGUUGGAACAAGCAACAUCAAAAUCAAGAGGAGAAACUAAUCUCCAGGUCGACCAAAGAAUUCAGGCUCUACAAGGACAGCUGGACGCAAAGAUCAGUGAGCUGCGAGGCUCAGGAAGCGCUGGUUCAACUAUGAUGGAGCUGAUUACUGUGCAGAGUAGGAUUUCAUCUAUCCAGAGACGCAUCAAUAUCUACAUUGAGAAAUCCAGAACUUUUGCUGCUGAUUACCAGAGGCAGUGGAGGCAAAAAAUCGAUCUCCUCAAAAAGAAGAUUAUGCAGUUGAAUAGUGACGAGAAUAAUAUAGAACUUACCCAUGAAAUUUUGAAGCUGCAGUCCGAGGUGGAUAAUUUCAGACAGUCUAAAAUAAACAGCAAAAAGCAAAUUGAAUCCCAACUUCAAGAGCUCAGAGUUAUUUUGGAUCGGGAGAGAAUAAAGCUAGCAAACUUGCAGAAGCAGAUGGAGGAAGAAGAUUAUUCCCAGGCACAACUGAUUAUGAGAAUCAUCGGCAUAGUGAAAGAAGUGAGAGAGCUGGGUGGUGAUGAUGAUCAACCGGACACAACAUCAACCAGUCAAGCCACCACCCUUCAGACUCUGCUUCAAGCCAAAGAAAAGGAAUUUGCCGUAGCUCAGGCUGAAAUAAACGAGCUGCGACAAAAACUGCGAUUAAAGAUUCAAGAAUGCUCCGGAAUUGAGGGAAGAUAUCAGGAGGUAAUGACUGAAUUUGAGCAGAAGAUCGAAGAGCUGAACAGAAGCGGAGGCUCCAAAGCAGCACUCAUUCUGAACGUGAUAAACCUGCACGAUGAGCUGAAGACUCUGAGGGAACUGAUCUCCACCACACAAGAUCCAGAGAGGAUCUCAGAGCUGCAGAGGCAACUGAGAGAGAAGGAAAACCAACUGAACGCCAAGACUGCCGAAAUUAAGAAACUGAUUCCUGACCCACAAACAGUUUUAACAAUCAUCCAGCUGCAGAAUCAGAUCUGGAACCUUCAGAGCAACGCCGCCAAUGAGACCGCUGCUGCUCGUAUCGAUGAGUUGCAAAACCGACUAGAUAACCUCCUCGGUGACGUGGAGGACACGGGCGACGACAACACAAAACUGAUGCUGAGGAUCAUAACGCUGCAGAAUCAGGUGGAUCACCUGCAGACACAGUUGUCAAACCACGAUUUACAAACCGCUCAGAUUAUCAAGCUGAGAAACGAUCUGAACACCAAGAAAGAAGAGCUGCUGAGAUACAAGGACGACCUGAACGAGAAGAAUCAGACAAACGGCAGGUUGAUUAUUACUGUGACUAAGCUUCAGAGCCAACUCAGGGAGAUUGAAGAAGAAAAGAAAAAAAACAACGAAACGUCGUCUUUAUCAAUUAAUCAGCUGAGGGAACAACUGAAGCAGAAAGUGGCGGAGCACUCUCGUGAUCAAGCUAAGAUCGGAGCUCUCAACACGCAGCUCCAAACCAAAGAGAAGGAACAUUCUGCUGCUCUGGCCGAGGUCAAAGAGCUGCAGAAGACACUGCAAUCAAAGACUGUAGAUUGCUCCCGUCUGGAGAAAGGAUACGAGGAUUUAAAGACUGAAUUUGAAGACAAGAUCGCAGCACUGAACAGAACCAGAGACUCUAAUGCAGCUAUCAUUCUGAACGUGAUAAACCUGCACGAAGAUCUGAAGACUCUGAGGGAACUGAUCUCCACCACACAAGAUCCAGAGAGGAUCUCAGAGCUGCAGAGUCAACUGAAGGAGAAACAAGAAGAGCUGAACGCCAUGACGGCUCACUUAGAGAGGCUGAUUCCCAACCCAAAAAUAAUUUUAACAAUCAUCGAGCUGCAGAAUGAGAUCUGGGACCUGCAGACAAAGGCCGGCAAUGGGAGCGCUGAUGUAGGAAACCUGCAAGACAGAGUGCAGGGCCUCCUCACUGAGCUAACUGACACAGGAGACGACAACACUAAACUGAUUCUGAAAAUCAUAACUCUGCAGAGUCAGGUGGAGCAGCUGCAGAAGCAUCUGUCAGAGCUCCAGAGCACAAAAAGCGCUCGGGUAAACCGGCUCACAAUUCAUCUUCAAACCAAAGAAGCAGAACUGAAGAAAUACAUCAACGAGCUGAAUGAGAAGAAUCAGACAAACGCCCAGUUGAUUAUGACAAUCACCGAUGUGCAAAACCAACUCAGACACCUCGAAACGGACAAGAAGAAUGAGGGUCAAAAAGCUGUUGCUGCAAUAACGAAGCUGAGAGAACAACUGAGGGAAAAAGAGGUGGAGCACACACGCGAUCAAAAUGAAAUCAGGGUUUUGCAGAAUAAACUGAACGAGACAGAAGCAAAGUGUUCCAGUGACGAGAGCAAGAUUAAAGACCUGCAGACUGAGCUGGACGCCAAACUGAAGGAACUCGAGUCCCAAUCCAGCUCUGUUACUACACUUGCUCUUCAGGUUUCUACGUUAAGCACACAACUGGAAGGGCUGAAGAGACAGCUAGCAAACACUGAAGCUGAAGACAAGAUAAAAGAACUUCAAAAAAUUAUAGAUGAGAAAAAUGCUGAGCUGGCCAAAAAAACUGAAGAGCUGAAAGAAAGAAGUUCUCAACCACACAGACUUCUCCAGAUCGUUGCGAUCCAAACAGAGAUUGAGAAAUUGUCUUAUGUGGCAGUAAACGACACAGAUUACAACAAGCUUCGAGCCUUCCAAGAACAAUUGAAUUAUUUGAUCGCGGGACUUGAAAAUGAUGGCGAUGAAAACACUAAACUGACGUUUCAAAUAAUGGCUCAACUAGAUCAAAUUGCGAGACUGAAGCAGCAACAGGCGAGUCAGACAGAAGCAGCAUCGAAGAAAAUUAAAGAACUGGAGGAAGAACUGGAGGACGUCAGGAAUAACAUCAGAGAAAAGACGAAGCUGUUGGGCUCCACUGAUGUCAUCAUUGCUAAUCUGUCCUCUCAGAUUAUGCAGCUUCACAAGAAAAUCAAACCGCUGGAACUGGAGAUAUCAGACAUUAAGGAGACAAACGCUGAGAACAUUGAAGAUCUGCAGAAGAGAAUCAGUUUGGCAUCGAGGCAACUGAAAGACAGCGAACAACUCCUCAGGGGCGCAAACGACAAGAAUUUAGACUUGAUCAUGCAGAUUGCCAAUCUGAAGUCAGACCUGAAAAAGGCGAAGAAAGAAGCAUCCAGAGCUAUUGCAGCGCAAAACAGCGAAGAAUUGGAAGAACAACUACAAACACAACUAAAAGAAAACAGAAAACUGGAAAACAAAAAUAAAGACUUGCAGCAAGAGAUCGAGGGACUGAAAGUUUGCUGCAAUGAUGCCAACCCGGCGUGUGACGAUUUAGAGAGGCAGCUGAAGCAGAGUCAGGAGGAUGCGGAUCGCCUGCAGCAGCAGCUGAACGAAGACAACCUAACAUUCAGACAGCUGCAGGAGGAGUUAGAGCAAGAGGCCGCCGAGAAGAACACACUGCAGCACAGAGUCAAGAGCUUGGAGCAGGAGCUGGAGCUGAGCCGGGACAACGCUGACUGGUUUCAGCAGCAGCUGAUUAUGACAAACGCCAACCUCACCAAGCUGCAGGAGGAGCUAGAAGCACUGUCAGGAGACGACAACGGGCUGCAGCAAGACAACAACAACCUGAAACGUAAAAAUCAAGAUCUUGAGGCACAACUAAUAGAACUUCAAAACCAAUUGAUUGACGUGGAAGACAAGACAAUCCAUCCCAGAAAGAUGACCUUCGACCGAAACACAGCCAACCCAAGGAUCGCUCUGUCAGCAGACAACACCGAGAUGUCCACCGCCGCACAAAUCCAAAACGUCCCCGACAACCCGGGCCGCUUCGACACCUCUCUCGCCGUCCUCGGAGCAACCGGUUUCUCUUCUGGUAGAAACUACUGGGAGUUGUCUGUCGAUGGGAAGAGUUGUUACCAGCUCGGGAUGGCCAGCGAAACCGCUCAGAGGAAGGGAUUGAUACGAUUCCUGCCGACAAACGGCUACUGGACUAUAGUCCUGAACAAACAGGGUCAGUACAGAGCCAUAGACAGGAAAACUGUUAUCCUUCCAGUCGUGACUCAACCUGUGACUCUGGGAAUUCUGCUGAACUACAAACAGGGAGAAAUGUCGUUCUACGACGCUGGCACCAGAGCUCAUCUCUACACAUUCGUAGGUCAAACAUUUACAGGCAAAAUCUACCCGUUUGUCAAUUUUUGUAUUGAGGAUGUUGAUAAUCCGUCACCAAUCGUGUUACGCGCUCCUGGAUCAGUUGACUGGAUAAAAUAGACAACAGGGUUUAUGUUUUGUUAUGUUUUGUCCUGUGUGUCGGACACAAACUUGGACACAAACACACUUUUUCUCCCUUUUGUAAUCUUACAUUAAAUUAGACUUUUAGACCUCUGUACUCCAUAGAGUUUGUGCUUUUAAUUUGAUUUACUUGUUUGUUUAUAAUAAAUAUCUUUCUGGAAUAUAAA